AUGAGCAAGAAGGGUCAACGCCCCUUGGACGACGACUGUGGGAAAAUGAUGGGCUGGAAACCAGAGACCGUGACCAAGCUUAAGUACGAUAGAGAUGUUAUGGAGCUAAUCCUCUACGCCAUUAACCAAUCGAAAGAAGGAGGCAAGUUCUAUAAAGCCGACCGCCUUACUACGCUCGAUAUCUUACACAAGAAGUUCGCGGAGAAAUCGAAGAUUAAUACUACCUCGGGCACCGCCAAUAAUGUUAAUGAGGAGCUGCAGGAAAUGCGCAAGACUGAGACCCGUCUGAUGUUAUAUGUCGAAGAGCAGGCAAAAAUUCUGGAUUCCCUACCUAACGAUGACGACGCGCUAGAAGAGUUCAUGGAUGCCUUUACUCGGAAACCAUGUCCUGUCCCUACACAGGACAGCGACACUGAGGACGAUGAUGAAAUAACCAAGGAUGAGUACGAAGCGAUGUUUAAAAAGUUCUCUUACUCUAAUAAAGUAAAGGCUAUUAGUCCAGGCUCUAGUAGACAUUACCUACGUCAGCAGUUUCUGCUGAAGACCUUAAGGACCGACCGCUAUAAGAAGCAGCAAUGGAAUCCGCGGUGGCAGUGGACCUAUGUGGACGAAGAAGGUCACGAGCGCCCUAUCGGCUCAUCACAUCUAGAGAUAGCUACCAAUUGGGAGAAGAAGGACACCCUUUUGCCUGGUUUACCUGCGGCCUGGGUUGAUCGCGAUAGCCAUGGGAAUCCUCGCCCUGACCCCUACGAUAAUCCCUCGCGCCCGGAUGGACAAGACGUUGACCCUGUCAGCCUUUUCAUAUAUGAUGCUCGGCUACAAGGGGAAGAUCUCGCCAACAACGCAAAGCGCCAGUAG